GAACGUCUGAACACCAAUGGGGAAGAGGACUUAAACCAGAGCACUGGUACAUGAAACUGAACUAGCAGAGAGAGAGAGAGAGAGAGAGAGAGAGAGAGAGAGAGAAGAUGAGCGGCAGCGGCUCAGACGCGGUGGCGGUGGUGGAAUCUUACCCGAUGAACGGUGGAGACGGCACAUUUAGCUACAACAAGAACUCUUACUUUCAGAGAGCGGCGACGAACCUUGCCCGGGCGGCAAUUGACGAGGUGAUCGCGGGGGAGCUCGACGUAAAGCGAUUUUCUCCCGCUCUGACCGCAUUCCGAAUCGCGGAUUUAGGCUGUUCAGUCGGGCCGAACACGUUCGUUGCAGUCCAGAACAUCCUAGAAGCGGUCCGGCGCAAGUACGAAUCACAGGGCCUCGCCUCCCAACUGCCCGACUUCCAAGUACUGUUCAACGACAACGUGUCCAACGAUUUCAACACCCUCUUUGCUUCGCUGCCGUCCGACCGGCCAUACUACGCUGCCGGCGUGCCGGGUUCCUUCCACGGGCGGCUGUUCCCUGAUGCGUCCCUCCAUUUCGUGCAUUCGUCAUAUGCGCUCCAUUGGCUGUCCAAGGUGCCUAAAGAAUUGGUUGAUCCGAACUCCCCAGCAUUUAACAAGGGGAGAGUUCACUACACAAGUGCCCCGUCUGAAGUAAGCAAUGCUUAUACAACUCAGUUCACAAAGGACAUGGCGACAUUCCUGAGCGCCAGAGGCGAGGAGAUUGCGAGCGGAGGCAUCAUGGUCCUGGUCAUGCCCGGGAUCGCUAAUGGCAUUCCAUAUUCACGUAUUCCGUCAGGCGUGAUGUUCGACCUUUUGGGGUUCAGCUUGAUGGAUAUGGCAAAGGAGGGUAUAAUAAGUGAGGCUCAGGUGGAUUCAUUCAAUUUGCCUGUAUAUGCUCCCUCGCCUGACGAGAUGACGGCGCUAGUAGAGAGCAAUGGGUGCUUUAGCAUACAGAGGAUGGAUUUAGCAGCUCCUCAAUCGAAGAUCGAAGACUCAGUCGGAGGGCAUGCGUGCAUGCUGCACUUGAGAGCCGGGAUGGAAGGCAUCAUCAGCAAACAUUUCGGAAGCGAGAUUAUCGACGACCUGUUUGAUCGUUUUCUCGGGAAGACCAAGGAAUACUCCGACCGUUUGAACUCUGCCUUUCUUCAAGGAAGCCAACUGGUAGCCAUACUGAAGCGGAAGUAAUGCGCGCCUGAGGGCAAGUUCCGCUUUUAUUUCUUCUAAUAAGGUUUCGGGUAUGUACUUUUCUGUUCGAACUCACAUGUCCCAUAAAAGGUACUAAAAAAUCUGAAUACAGCGAGGAGAUCAGCACGUUACCGUGCUAGGUGUGUUCCAUUCCCACGUUAACAACUGCUGCAAAACUUUUCCCACAUCACCCAUGGCAAGAGCGCGAUGUCUUCUCAAACUCCACAACAAACGGAAUCUGAUGCAAGUAUCAUCU